AUGACAAUGGUGUUGGCUAUACUUCAUGGUUUGAUGAUGUCGCCUCUAGAUAUACUCAAGCAACGACAUCCAUCUAACGACCCAUACAGAGUGUUCGAUUACAUAUGGUCUUUCUAUUCUACUGUGUUUGUCUUUUCUACAAUCUACUUUGUACUGUACUGCAUAAUUCGACGCGACGAAAAGCGUACGUUGAUCGUGCUCUGGUGUUACCGGCUGUUGGAUAUGGCAUACUAUGGACAUCAGGAAUGA